AUGAAGUUCGCCACCGGCCUGCUUCCCGCUCUCGCUCUGAGCGCGCAAGCACUCACAGUCCCUUUCGAUCUCCAGUCCCGCUUCGACGUCAACAGCAUCCUCGCUCUCGUUUCCAAGUUGUUCCCCUUCGAUGUCACCCUCGAAGCUGCUCAGAAACUGAGCGUGGCGGCGGAGGAAGCGCUUGCUCUGGCUCAAGGUUUCAAGACGACGCGGCAAGACCUCGAUGAGGGGAAGUGCGGUGAUGUGCUUGUGAUCUUUGCUAGAGGGACUGACGAACCGGGGAAUGUCGGUGCGCUAGUUGGGCCGCCCUUCUUCAAGGCCCUGGAGGAGGCGUUGGGCAGCUCGCACACGCUGGCGGUGCAGGGAGUCGAGUAUGAAGCGACCGUUGCUGACUACCUGGAAGGCGGCGACCCGGAGGGGAGUCAAGAGAUGGCCUCGCUUGUGACAAAGGCGUUGAGCUCAUGUCCCAACUCCAAGAUCGUGGUGAGCGGGUACUCCCAAGGUGGGCAGCUCGUACACAACGCAGCCAAGCUAUUGCCAGCAGAUACAAUGAAAGCGGUCAGCUCAGUUGUGAUCUUUGGGGAUCCAGACAGCAGUCAAGGCGUGGAGAACGCAGACCCGGACAAGGUUCUUGUAGUCUGCCACAAUGGGGAUGACAUCUGCCAAUUUGGCGACUUGAUACUCCUCCAGCAUCUGACCUACGCGCAAGACGCAGGCACAGCGGCGGACUUCGUGGUAUCGAAAGCUGGGUUUUGA